AUGGACGCUGUACGGAUCCGUCCACCCCCUCAGGCGUACAACAUCUCGGCAUCCUCGCCCGCGACAAGCAUGCCCCCGCUGCAGUCGCCCCCGGCCUACGACGGCAGCGUCGCCGCCGCCGACGCCGACCUCCAAGCCCUCAGCGUCUCGGCCGCCCUGCGCGCCCGCGAGCACCAACAGGAGAAGAAUGGCGGCGGCGGGGGCGUUAGCGGCCUGGCCGGCAGCGGCUACCUCUCCGACGGCAGCAACUGGAAGUCCGGGGGCACCGUGGAUACUUGCGACACCGUCUCCGCCACCACAGCCACGACCACCGUGAACGGCGGCGGCGGCAGCGGCGGCAGCAGCAGCACGGGCGGCGUCGGGGCGGGCACCGAGUACCCGUCCUCGUCCUCGUCAACGGCUUCGGCCGCGGCGCAGGAGGCCGCCGCUGCCGGCCGGAGGGCGUCUUCAAGCGCCAAGGACGCGGUGGCGGCGGCGGCUGCCGCCGCAGACGCUAGGACUCGGGAGGUGUGCGUGGCCGCCAAGGCCGCCGCUAACGCCGCCGCCGGCGCAGCCGGCGCCGCUCGCGCGGCGUCGGCUGCCGGGCGCGCCGCGGCCGCGGAGCAAGCGGCGAGGGGCGCCGUGGAGAUGUCUAGGGGCACGAACGCCUCUGCCCGGCCCAUGAGAAGAAGCGCUAGCGUGCCGGACGACGAGGGUGACGACGACGCCGACCCCAGCGGCCGCGCCUCCUCAGUGCGGUCCGCCCCGGGCAGCAGCGAGAUGAUGGCGGCCCCUACCCCCGGCCGAGAGUCGGAGGGCGAGAGGACCUGGAUCAUGGCCAAGCGGGUCGCGUCCAACUGGGAGAAGGAGGACGAGAGCAGCCGGAACCGCCUCUCUGCGCCGGAGGCUAGCCAGCCUUCCCCCGCUGUGCCGAAGACAUUCGUGUCUACCCGGCUGCGGCACCUCCGCCUCUCCCCAGACGGGACUACCCUGGUGGUCAAGUCCGAGCAGGGGGGCGUCGACCACGAGCUAGCGCUGGACGAACUCCUGGAGGUUCACGAGACCCCCUCAGAGGAGAGCGUGACCCUCAUGGGCACAGACAUCGAGAUCCGCAUCGCGUUCAAGGGGCAGGCCAAGGCUCUGAACCAGUUCCGCGACAUGCUGGUGCCGACGGGUACGACUGGUACCACUACCCCCGCGGAGGGGGACGCUGACCGGUCCACGACUGUGACUACUAUCAAGGACCCUAUGGGCUCGUCGGGGCGAGCGGCACCCCCAUCUCCAGCCGAAGAAGUACAAGCAAGAGAAGCAGCAGCGGCAGGAGGACCCUCUCCCAACGGAGCCUCCUUGGACGGCCGUAACACCGCUGACAGCAACUACCAACAGCAGCACAGCCGGGGCGGCAUCGAUGAGGGCUCGACGUACGCUCGCGAGGCUCCCUCGUCGAGGUCGGCGGCGUCGACGACGCCGGCGGGCAUGGGAAAGAUUACCUCAAAAGCGUCCACCAGCGUCAUAUCUCCCGGCUCCAGCGUGUCCGGCUGGGGCAGCGUCUUGGGCCCCGGCGAUGGAAACCUUGCCGCGGACAACGCCACCCAGAGGCAGCUCGCCGACAUGACGGAGCGAGCCGGCGCUGCGCAGAAGAAGGCCCUGGCCAGGAGCGGCAGCGGCAGCACGUCGCGGUCCGGAGAGCACGCCAGCAACUCUACGGCGGGUAGCACCUUCGCCGAUGCCCGAGAGAGGGAGCUGGUCAUCGCCGCCCUGCAGAAAGCCGAUACAAUGCCCGCGGUGGAGCGGGAGGCAAAGCUACACCUGGUCAAGUACGAGCAGGCUGGGUUUGUGCGCGGCUACGAGGCUUUGUGCGACCAGCAGCAGGUUCGGUUGAGGAAGCGGCCUGAGUUCGCAGAUCUCGAGAAAGUGGGCGUAGAGGAUGGGCUAGCCGACCCCAACAUCGUGCUGAGGCAGCCCAACCGGACGGAUUCCGUGGACGCCCACUACGCCGACGCGGUCCGUGCCAAGGCCGCUCUUGACUCGAUUCUCGACCGCCUUACCGCGGCCACCAACGGGCUGUGGGUCAGGCCGGUACCGGUCAAGUCGAAAGAUAACAUCAAGCGCAAGGCCUCCGACGACUACGGGGGCGAGUUCCGCAGGGUGCUGGACAUGGCGCGCACGUCCGUAAUCUGCGAGACUCCGGAGCUGGUGAGGGAGCUAACCGACAAGCUAAAGGCGUGCAAAGAGAUCGGCCGGAUCGGCAGGAUCAAGAAUGGCUUCGGGAGCACCGCGGUGGGGAGGGGGGGAUACCGCGACAUUAAAAUCACCCUCAUGCCGCUCGGCGUCGACCACUACGCGGAAGUGCAGGUGCACCUCCGGGAGUUCUACGAGCUCAACAGCCGCAGCCACGAGGUGUACGAGUGGGCCCGCGGAGUUGACCUACCCGACGGAACCACCCCUCACCUACUCUUUAGGAACCUCACGCCGGAUGUGCAGGAGGAGAUGACCCAACUGGUGAAGAACGACUGGAUGGGGCUCCGCCGUAUCCUUCCGGAGCUGCUGCAGGCCACCGAGCAGUUCAACGAGGCGGAGCCCCUGCUUCGCCAGAACGUGGCGGACGCGGAACAAAGGUGGAAGGUUGCCAAGGACACCUUCGGGGAAGGCCACCUUCACGAGAUCACGUGCGCUCAGGGCGUGGCCAUGGCCCUCAACAACCUGGCGCUGGCCUUGAAGGGGAGGGGUGACGUUCACGGCGCGGAGCCCCUCUUGCGCAGGGCGCUCCAGAUGAGCAUCGAGUCGCAGGGGGCAGAGCACCCGGAGGUGGCCACGCGGCUCAACAGCCUGGCGCUGCUGCUAGCUUCUGACGGGAGGGUGGCGGAGGCGGAGGGCCUCCACAGACAGGCCCUGGACAUCGCCGGCAAGGUGUACGGCCCGGAGCACGCCGACGUGGCCACGUACCUCAACAACCUCGCUAGGGUGCUCAAGGCACAGGACAAGCUGGCGGAAGCCGAGCCCUUGCAGCGGUCGGCGCUGGCCAUCGGCGAACGCAUGCUGGGCACCAACCACUCGGACGUGGCGACCUACUAUAACAACCUCUCACGGUUGGUCCGGGCUGCGGGCAAGCUGGAGGAGGCGGAGCCCCUCCAGAGGAGGGCGGUAGAGAUUGGAGAGCAGGUUCUCGGACCCAACUCCCCCGACCUUGCCACCUGGGUCAACAACCUGGGGCGACUGCUCAUGGCGCGCAAGAAGCUGGAGGAGGCGGAGAAGGUGCAGGAGAGGGCCGUCACUAUCGCUGAGAACGUGUACGGGCCUCACCAUGCCCAGGUUGCGCGUGCGCGCAAGAACUUGACCAAGGUCCGCUGGGCCCUCGGCAAAGCAGGGCGCAGCCGCUAACUAGCUUCAUGAACCGCUGUGUGCAUCUUCUUCUUCGAAUCAGGGGACAAGAGCUUGCUGUCCCCUACCUGUCGAACCAGGGGACAAGAACAUGAUGUCCCCUACCUGUCGAGGAGACAGGCCUGACAGGACGAUGCGUACGCUCCCAUUUAUUCCUCCCUGUCAGCGGGACAAGUAUUCGUGUUUUUCCUGGGCGGAAAGGGGGCGCCAAGGAGCCCCCCCCCCUCCCCCUCCCGCCUCCGCCGUUUACCCCCCUUCGUCCAAUUCUACAUGCUUUAUUUUCCUAGCAUUGGGCAUGGCCGUUUUCUUUGGGGUUUUUUGUUUGUUUCGGCUCUUUGAAACUUCGGGCGUUCGUUACUUCUGAUUCUCCGGUGCCGUGCGUGUUGUAUAUGUGCAUGGUGUAUGUUUUUGUUUUUUUCUGUCAAGAUUCUGCUUGUGGUUUUUCGAUUGUUGUAGCCAAUUUGGUUUCCAAGAAGAGGCAGAGAGAGAGAUCGAUUUCAGGGUAUUGAUUGUCUGUUUUUUUCGGCGGGUUGUUGCCCUGUUGCCAGAGGGUACAAUCGAGAAUGAACGAGACAGGAACGAACGAGAGUACACCUUUUUCUAUCUUGUCUGGCCGCUUAUCACGAUGAAAUUAUCAACAAUUUUAUAUUAAGAGAGUAGGGGAGUACGUUGAUGUUUUUCUCUUCAUGCCUCGGUCUUCCCCCUUAUUUGUUUUGUGAGCGGGGGAGGGGCCGAGGGCGGAAGAGGAAAGAAACAGGCCUGCGUUGCCUCCGUCUUUUUUGUCUGUUUUUUUCACGACAGUCUCGUUUUUUUUUUUACCACAAUAGGUGGAUUUUAAGUUGUCCUCUUUCUUGCGUGUGGUUGCUCGUGAAAAAACAAAAAAAAAGAUGAGGCGGAUCCUGGCGUUCUUGGCUAUCUGGUUUGCGUGGGAUGGCAUGGGAACCAACACACCUUAUGUGCCACUCCCGGCGUUUAUGGCUCGUACGGACGUGCUUAGCCUUGCUUGGCAUUCGCAUUCGCGUAUUUGCAUUUUGCGGGCGUUUUUUUUUUUCGUGAUUGUUCAUGCGUGUGUGUAUGGGUUGUCAUUUUCACCUGGUGCUUCUGAUCUUCUUGAUCAGGGGGUACUUUAUUCGCCGCUUUUUGCUACAAAGAGGUGUGUGUGGUGACGUUUCCAUGUUGUCUAUGCCGGUAGACGAGGGGUGCUCUUCUGCGUGCUUUGGCCGUCGCCAUGCUCGCUGACGAGGUGGCUUUCGCCUGUUCAUGCUCGCUGGUGAGGCGGCUCUCGCUUGUUCAGCCUGGCGCUCCCGAGUUCCGUGCAGUCGGAGGGUUCCGGUCGGUCGUCGGUACACACCAAGCGACACAUGGAGUAGCUGUAGCGUGGUCGGCGCGGGGUCGUCAUCAUUGGCACGUUUGGCCUGGUGUGUGGUACGCCAUUGCUCUUGCAGCCAACAAGGAAGUGGGUGGUUGGUGACUCGAGUUGUUCUCGGCAGAAGCGCNGGGGGGGGGGGGGGGGGGGGGGGGGGGGGGGGGGGGGGGGGGGGGGGGGGGGGGGGGGGGGGGGGGGGGGGGGCGGGCGUCGCGCCCUUGAUAUGAUGCUACGGAACCAAGGGCAUGGACACGGUCAACGACCAGCCUGUAUGUUCGCCGUCUUACCUGGAACCAGCCAGCUCGCCGGCGCUGCCGUUGGGUGCGUUCGAGUUCCACCGCGGUCUACUCGUGUCACUGCUGUGCAGAUGAAUCGCGUGCUGUGUAUUUUUUUUUUUUAAGUAAAUGUGGUGCGCGGUGUUUAUGUUUGCCCUCCCCCUCCCCCCCUGUUUCCAUUGGUGGCAGCAGCAGCAAGCUGCUCUGAUGCAAUUAAUAACGUGGGAACGUUCCGCGGCUUGCCUUGUUUUUAUUUCCCUCUGUUACGCCCCGUCUGCUUGAUCGGGACUUCAUAAUAAGCGGCCACGCCACAGCAGCAAGCAGGUGGCAUUCAUGAUAUAUGACCAGAUUCUCAGCAUUUUGUCCUUGGCAUAGAUUUUAUGGGCCGAGGACGGGGGGAGGAGGCAGAGAUGUAUACGCUACUUGUACGUUGCUGCUGUGGUCAAUGGGCGGGAGGAAGUAAAUGUAGGUGGAGCGCACUGGUUUGUGGUAUUCAUCAGGAUGCGCUAGCCGGCUGGCCAAUAAAACAUCAUGCCAGUUUAGGGUGGGACAAGGUGGAACGCGAGAAAAGCCCUCGACAGGGGGGCUCGUCUGUGCGUGUGUCUCGUUUGUUGCUGUUUUUGCUCUGAGCAUCGACCGCGCUGCUAGCUGCUACUACCCGUCACUACCAGUUCACAAGGAGGUUGGUUAGGAAGCGAGGGCUUGCUGUACGUUUGCGUCUGCGCUGUACGUCGACCGCACUGACUGGCCUACCGGCGGUAACACCUAGUCGUAUAUUUUAGAAAGAGAGGCGUUAUUUCGUUCAAGGAAAGAGGGGGGGCAGGAACGCGUUCGGUACGUAGUACUCGAACAGACAGGGGUGGGGGAGGCUCGCAACAAAGCACAGUCACGGAAUAUAGCUUGGACACGGACGCUCGAGAAGGUGCCAACGGUGUUUGGUGCUCAGAAGAACGAGAGGCAAGCCGACUCGAGAUCAAAGAGGUUGGAUUUUCAGCUAGGCGCGGCCAGCGAGCGCCUGUCUGUCUGGUUGUUGGAAUGAUUGGAUUGAAUUCGUGUGGAUUUCUCGAGUGGGUUUCGUGUUGUGAAAAAAGGCAGGGUGGGGGGCGGGGGGGUUCGAUGCUCGUUUUUUUUUUUUCAUUUCUUAGAUGAUCUUCCUCGGAUUGAGUCGUUCCAAAGGGGUGGGCCGCAGGCGUGUCGAGGAAUUUCCCAACCAGGGGCGCCCUCAAAGCAUGGUGCGGGACAGACGGACGGGCGUUUGUGGAUAUGAUAACGACGCCGAAGCGAGGGUGUGCUCUUUAAAGGGCAAAAAGAAAGACUGCGUCUUUUUACGGUACCUUACACGCGGACUGUUACGUACUUGUCAAGAACAGGACCUUUGUUUACACGCCGACUUUGAAUGAACGGGGGUUGCGUCGAUUCAACGAACGGUUGUAUAGAUAACGCCCGAACACGCGGAGUUCGUUGUGGGCUGGUAUGCAGUUGACUUCGUGCGUGGAUGGGCAGGCUUUCUCUUUCUCUCGUUGCCGGUUUUGCCCUACGCGGGCAGGACGUUGAAGGAGGGAAGGAUGGAUACGGCGGAGGAGAUGAAACCAAUGUUCUGGUGGGGGGCGCGGGGGGGGAUGGGGCAGAGUACUGCCCUUUCGUUCGGUAGAUGUGGCGAGUUAGGUGUUGAAGUUAUCAACACGAGGAGGACGGAAGUAAGUCUGCCAAGGAUCACGGCCGCCCGCGACAAAAAAAAAAGAAUUGCCCAGCGAGGUCAAUCAAGAACGAGAGUCGGGCCAAUCAAGAACGAGAGCGAGCUUGUUAGUUUCUAAUCUAUCCAUCUAUGCGUGCGUAUGCGUAUCUGUCUUCGUUUGUUUGGUUUGGUUUGGUUUGGUUUUCCGUUCCCUGUCUUGGUUCGGUACUGGUCUAGUCUAUCUACUCGGUUGGACUGAUUUUUUUGUGUGGGUCGGGAAGGGACGGAAUCCCGCUACUCUCGGCGUCGUCGUUAUUUGUUGAUUCCUUUCGUACAGCAACAACAUAGUCUAUAUAUGGUAGGUUGCCUAGCUAGCUGAAAUAUAUCAGGUCUGUCUGGUCUGUGCGCGCGUUUUGUGUUUGCAUGGAAGGUGAUGAUGAUGACGUUGAAAAUCAACGGACGGGGGGUGGAAUGAGAGGGGGGGGGUUGCAUCGGGGGGUAACCAAUCAUUACACAUUAUAACGAACGGACGCGUAGAGAAGAAGAAGCACAUGGACGCCACAACGAAUGAAUGCAGAUUGAAUGGCAAGGGGGGGGCUACGCAUGGUGUUUUUGUUUUGCCCUUGAUGGGGGCGGGGGCUCGGUCUCGAAGAGUGGAUGGAGUAGCCGCAAGAAAUGCCCCGAGAGAGAGAGGUUGGUGGUGGUCGUGCAUGUAUGUGUAUUUGCGAGAGCUUACUACGGGUUUUUCUUCAUUUAUGAUAUACAUUCGAUCUCCUCGAUAUUUACCUUCCUUGCCAAACCUCC